AUGGGUGAUGCGGUCAAUGAAGAGGAUUGCAGGGGUAGUGCACUUGUUGCUUCUCCUAAGAGGGACAUAGCUUUCUUUGAUGGGGACAAAGAUUUUGAGCCACCCAAUGGGAUUGAGUUUGAAUCUCAUGAAGCGGCGUAUGCAUUUUAUCAAGAAUAUGCCAAAUCUAUGGGAUUCACCACUUCGAUUAAGAACAGCAGGCGCUCGAAGAAGACAAAAGAGUUUAUUGAUGCCAAAUUCGCAUGCUCUAGAUAUGGAGUAACACCGGAGUCUGAUGGUGGUAGCAGUCGAAGACCGAGUGUAAAGAAGACAGAUUGCAAAGCUUGCAUGCAUGUGAAGAAAAAGCAAGAUGGAAAGUGGAUCAUUCAUGAAUUUAUAAAGGAUCACAAUCAUGAACUUUUACCAGCUCUGGCGUAUCAUUUUCGGAUUCAUAGAAAUGUGAAGCUAGCUGACAAGAAUAAUAUGGAUAUCUUGCAUGCCGUUAGUGAACGCACGAGAAAGAUGUUUGUUGAAAUGUCUAGACAAUCUGGUGGCUGUCAAAACAUUGGGUCUCUUGCGAGUGAUAUGAAUUAUCAGUUUGACAGAGGCCAGUAUCUGGCUUUGGACGAGGGAGAUGCCCAAGUUAUGCUGGAGUAUUUCAAGCACGUUCAAAAGAAGAGCCCCAACUUCUUCUAUUCUAUAGAUUUAAAUGAAGAACAACGUUUAAGAAAUCUAUUUUGGGUUGAUGCAAAAAGUAUUAAUGAUUAUCUCAGCUUUAAUGAUGCGGUUUCAUUUGAUACUACCUACAUAAAGAGCAAUGAUAAAUUGCCUUUUGCUCCUUUUGUUGGAGUGAAUCAUCACUCUCAACCUAUGUUGCUUGGGUGUGCAUUGAUUGCAGACGAGACUAAGCCAACUUUUGUUUGGUUACUGAAGACAUGGCUUAGAGCGAUGGGAGGACAAGCUCCCAAAGUUAUAGUCACUGAUCAAGACAAAGCCUUGAAGGAAGCAAUUGAAGAAGUCUUCCCAAAUGCUCAGCAUUGCUUUUCUCUUUGGCACAUAUUGGAAAAGAUACCUGAAAAUCUGUCUUUUGUGAUAAAACAGUAUAAGAACUUCUUGCCAAAGUUUAACAACUGCAUUUUUAAGUCUUGGACAGAUGAAGAGUUUGACAUGAGAUGGUGGGAAAUGGUGACUAUAUUUGAACUCCAGGAUGAUCUAUGGUUUCAUUCAUUGUAUGAAAACCGGAAAAAGUGGGUACCAACAUUCAUGGGGGGUGUCUUUUUAGCUGGAUUGUCCACACCUCAACGUUCCGAGAGUAUGAAUUCUUUCUUUGACAAAUACAUUCAUAAGAAAAUCACCCUUAAAGAGUUCAUAAAACUAUACGGGUUAAUUCUUCAAAACAGGUAUGAGGAGGAAUCCGUCGCAGAUUUCGAUACAUUGCACAAACAGCCCGCCCUUAAAUCUCCUUCACCUUGGGAAAAACAAAUGUCAACUAUUUACACACAUGCAAUAUUUAAGAAAUUCCAAGUUGAAGUGUUGGGUGUAGCUGGUUGUCAGUCUAGGAUAGAGGUUGGAGAUGAAACUGUUGCAAAAUUUAUUGUUCAAGAUUAUGAGAAGGAUGAAGAGUUUUUGGUUACUUGGAAUGAUUUGAGCUUAGAGGUCUCUUGCUUCUGUCGAUUAUUUGAAUAUAAAGGUUUCCUUUGCAGACACGCAUUGAGUGUUCUCCAACGUUGCGGUUGUUCGAGUGUUCCAGCUCAAUAUAUAAUAAAGAGGUGGACCAAAGAUGCCAAAAUUAGGGAACCAAUAGCAGAUAGUACAAGAAGGAUACAAACUAGGGUUCAACGCUAUAAUGAUUUGUGUAAACGAGCUAUUGAAUUGAGUGAAGAAGGAUCGUUAUCUGAAGAGAGUUACAAUGUUGCUCUCCGUGGACUUGUCGAUAGCCUGAAGAACUGUGUACUUGUAAAUAACGCUACCGACAAUGGUGCAGAAACCGGGAACAGUGGUUGUAGUCUUCGUGAAGCAGAAGAAAAUCAGGGUACCCUUGCUUUGAAACCAAGUAAGAAGAGGAACACAACUCGGAAAAGAAAGGUGCAACAAGAGCAGAAUCCUGUGCUUGUCGACACUCAAGAUAGCCUGCAGCAAAUGGAUAAUCUUACCUCGGAUGCAAUGACCCUUAAUGGAUAUUAUGGUACUCAGCAGAAUGUGCAAGGGCUGCAGGUACAAUUGAACUUAAUGGAGCCGCCUCAUGAUGGUUACUAUGUUAAUCAACACAGCAUGCAAGGCCUGGGUCCAUUGAAUUCUAUGGCUCCAAGCCAUGAUGGGUUUUUCGGAACACAGCAAAGCAUUCAUGGGAUGGGAGGAGGGCAAUUGGAAUAUCGUCCGACAACCACUUUUGGAUAUGGUCUUCAGGAUGAGUCUGAUCCACACUUUCACAACAAUAAUACAAGAAAUACUUAG